GCGUUGUUCCAUCCCUAUUGGAUCUUUUAGUUUGUUUUGAUUUAGGAAAUAACAUGGAACACGCGACUAAUGACUUAAAGGAGUAUAUCACCGACCAGGUGAUUCCGCACCAGCGAUGCAAUGUGAACAUCAAUCCGGACCAUAUCACCAUGCUGGAGGGCACAAAGAUAAAGAAACAGCAUUCCCGCAAGCGACGGGCACACAAAUCUGGAACUCUGAGUCGCCGGGAAUACGCGGAGCUGGGACUAAAUACACUCCCGACCAAGCAGAUGAAAUACGAGGAAGCACUACCACUACAUAAUCUCUGGAAGGGAUAUGUUCGAGAGCAUCUGGAGUUAAGGGAAGGAGCAGAAGUGCCACAAGUCCACGAUCCUCGCUACGAUGAGUUCAGCAGGCAGUUGGUGAAACUAGAUCUACACGGUGCUAAGCUAAAAGUCAUCCAGUCCAAAUGCCGCACCUUGGAGAAUCUAUCAGGAAUCUGUAUCAUGGACACGAAGAACGUGCUAAAACUUCUGGGUAGGGAUCAUCGACUGCGGACAAUCCCAAAGAGUGAGUGCGUCUUCGGUUUAAGAGUGGGCAACAUGGACUUUACCAUCUUCGGACAGCACCUCAACAUUCGUCCUGCCGAGCGAAGCGUUAAGAAGAUCAAGAGCUAUGUGGAGCCCUUCAUGUAGGGGCUAUAAGUCCUAUAAUUAGCCUAAGAAAUGGAAUCCUAUUGUUUCUUUUAUAAUAAAAAAAAUUUAUAUUCCGGAAAGGAAACCUA